AUGUCUUUUUCCUCUUUCUCUUUUUCUUUUAAAAAACUUCUGUUGGGUUGACACGCUUGCACAAAUCCAUAUUUACAAAACACGUUUAUAUAUUAUACAUCUUUUACUCUUAGACUCUACAACUUUUUCUACAUUUGACUUGAUUCUUGCCAUCAUGAGUAGCAGUUUCAAUUACGAUUACAUUAUCAAAUACAUCAUUAUCGGUGACACUGGUGUUGGCAAGUCUUGCUUACUCCUCCAGUUUACUGAUAAACGCUUUCAGCCUGCACAUGAUCUGACCAUCGGAGUUGAGUUUGGAGCACGCUUUGUCUCUGUCGCUGGGAAACAAAUCAAGCUUCAAAUCUGGGACACGGCUGGACAAGAAUCCUUCAGGAGCAUUACUCGAAGCUACUACAGAGGUGCUGCUGGUGCCCUUCUUGUUUACGAUAUCACGAGGAGAGACACCUUCAAACACUUGACAACUUGGCUCGAAGACGCCCGACAGCACGCAAACGCUAACACGACGAUCAUGUUAAUUGGAAACAAGAGCGAUUUAGAGUCGAAGAGGGCUGUUACAUAUGAGGAAGGCGAGGCUUUUGCGAAGGCCAAUGGUCUUUUCUUCAUGGAAACCUCAGCCAAGACAUCUGCUAAUGUUGAGGAGGCUUUCGUAGAGACUGCAACCAACAUUUACGAGAAGAUUCAAAGUGGAAUUUUUGAUAUUCACAAUGAGGCUCAUGGGAUCAAGAUCGGUCCAAUGCACACUGGAGGUUCCUCUCUGCCGAUAGGUGCUGCAAACGGUGGCGGGGCGUGCUGCCAGUAAUCAAGAGCGUGUAUCUAAUACUUGUUCUGCCAGAGUCUUUUCUUUUCAUUUUACUCCAUUUCUUACUCCUCUAUUACUUAGCCGAUCUUCACAGUAGUAAAAAAAAGAUGAAAAAGUAUGCGUUUGUCUUCGCGGUAUUCACUGUCCAGCUGAUCUCCUUACAGGUUUCUGAAAUCAAUCAGACUUUAUUUUGAUAAGAUAAAAUUGAGUGGAGGGUGAGA